AAGACUUUGACGUCACAGGGAUUUUCCCAAGAAGACUACGAGCAGAUGAGUCAUCGCAGAGAAAUGAACAUCGCUACCCAAUCACAUUUCCUCUAAGCCCACGAUAUCUGCUACCUGUUUAACUGUGUUUUUAAGAUCACAAGGAAUUGGUUUCAUGAAAAACACAACUACCAUACUGGCAAAUACAACCAUCAAAAUAUUAGCCGUUUUUCAAAAUGGCGGACCCAGAAAAUCCGAAUCCAAAAAAGCCGAAUGACAACCAAGAGAAAUUGAGAGAGAGACUUGAAAUUAAAUUUCCAAACCCUCACAGCAAUUUACCUUCUACAUUAGCUAGUCUAGGAUACCCAACAAGAAUAGAAAGAUUAUAUGGAAGACCCCAUUGUCCGAAUAUACAGUCUGCUGGAAAACUACAGAUUGCACCAAAAGAGUGUUAUAUGUUCACAUCAGAAGAUUUAAAAGAAAUAGAAGAAAUAGGUCGUGGCAAUCAUGGAGCAGUUUCUAGAAUGGAACACAUAGAAAGUAAAAAAAUAAUGGCAGUUAAAAGAAUACGAUCAACAGUAGAUGAAAAAGAACAAAAACAGUUAUUAAUGGAUUUAGACGUUGUAAUGAGAAGUAAUGAUUGUCCUUAUAUUGUACAGUUUUAUGGUGCACUUUUCAAAGAAGGUGAUUGUUGGAUAUGUAUGGAAGUGAUGGACUCUUCUUUAGAUAAAUUUUACAAAUUUAUAUAUAAUGUGUUGGAAAGUUCGAUACCUGAAGAAAUAUUAGGAAAAAUAACAGUAGCAACUGUAAAAGCUUUAAAUUAUUUAAAAGAACAUUUAAAAAUUAUACAUAGGGAUGUAAAACCUUCUAACAUUCUGCUUGAUCGUCAAGGCAACAUUAAACUCUGUGAUUUUGGUAUUAGUGGACAGCUAGUAGAUUCUAUAGCAAGGAGUAGAGAUGCUGGCUGUCGACCCUAUAUGGCACCUGAAAGAAUAGAUCCUAGAGCCUCAAGUAAAGGAUAUGAUAUUAGAUCAGAUGUAUGGAGUUUAGGUAUUACACUUAUGGAAUUAUCUACUGGUAAAUUUCCGUAUCCCAAGUGGAACAGUGUCUUUGAUCAGUUAACACAAGUUGUUCAAGGUCCUCCACCACAAAUAAAAUCAGAGGGUAGAUUCUCAGAAGAAUUUGUACAUUUUUUAAAUGCUUGUUUAACUAAAGAUGAAAAACAGAGACCGAAAUAUAUCAAAUUAGUUGAGCAUCCAUUCAUCAAACGCCAUGAGGAGUUAGAAGUAGACGUAGCGGGCUACGUUUGCAAUAUUCUGGACCAGAUGCAGGCCAUUUCCCCAGAUGAUCUCAUGGCUUCCUCAUCUUCAUGACAUCCUCACACAUUCUAUCAUUUAUUCAGGGAUUAUAAAUACUGCAGAUUUUAAAACUGCUGGAAUUCAUAAAAGUUUUGCCAAGCUUCUGUUAAUAGUUUCUCAAAGAUGAAAUAUGUAAAUGAAAUUUUCACAACUUGAUACACAAAUGUAGUUGCAUUAUUAUUUUGUAGAACUUUUUAUCUAUGCAUAAUUUUAUUAAGUAUUCAGUCAUAUUGGUUUGUAAUCCAAAAUAGCAAAUAUGUAGCCGUAUUUAUGGGCUUUUACUUCAGGUUCUUAAACUUCAGGCCAGUUAAAUGUUUCCAUUAAAAACUUUGUUCUGUACAAAGCUUCCUAUUGAUAUGCUACUGUGGGUUCAUUUAUUUUCGUGGAUUGAGGAAACAUUGUAUUUUUCGUGGAUUGAGGAAACAUUGUAUUUUCGUGGAUACCAUUUGAUUUCAUGGUUUUGCCAAAAUCUGUUAAAUACAAGCUUAAAGGAAAUUUGUACUUCCUUGAAUACUUAAAUUAGUGGAUUACCUACACCAAAGAAAUCCACCAAAAUUCCACUCCACGAAAGAUAACGAAUCCACAGUAGUUCAUUAUACCUAAAUUGUCAUCCAUUUAAUUUAUUUAUAACCACUGAUAAUGUAUAAGUUUGUUUUUUUUGUCUGUUCGAUAAGAAGAAGUAGAAGAUUAAAUUCAUCUAUAUUUGAAAUUUGAAGAAAAAAAAAAUGUUAUACAAUUUUUUAUCACUCUUCAAUUCUUUUUCAAGUCUGAUUUUCCUGUUGAUGGUCAUCAUAAUUGGACAAAUUAUGUUCCCACGAUAAUUUUAAUUCAAGGAGUUGUAAUGGACAGUAUAUUUAAGGGAUGGCUUAAGUAAGUUUGAGUAGAUAAAGGAAUGUUUAAAAGGAGCAAGGGUAUCUAAUUGUUUGAAUAUUAUAAGGAUGAAAUUGAUUUAAGUGAAAAUUGUUUCAAUUAUUCACUUGUAAGCUUCAACUACUCUCUUAAAAUUAUUAAAGUAAGAAAAAUAGUGAUAAAAAUUUUCAAACAGGAAAACAGGAAGGGUCUUUCCAGGUAUUUACUGCUCAGUGUGCAAAUCUGGUGCAUUGCAAAGUAGGUCAUUUGAAAUUUGUUUUUUUUUUAAUAAUUAUAAUAAAAAACCAGUGUAAUUUAACUUUUUAAAAAUCAGGAUUAUAAAUCUAAUAAACGAGAUAAUGUUGGAGAUUUAGUAUACAGUGAACUAUGACCUUAUUAUGGUGUGUUCGUUCAUACUCAAAGAGCUAGUCACUAUCAUUUGACUUGCUCUGUUGUGUGUCUUUCAUAUAUGUUUAUAAUGCAGCAGGUGUGUGGAUAUGUGUGUUGUGUAAUUGUUUAUGUAUAUGAGCGUUUAUAGAAAACUUGUAAUGCAGCAAUAUAUCAUUAAGAGCAGGGUUUGAGAGGAUGAUGCUUAAUUCUCUGUAUUUGCAGAAGAAUAGGGAGUGCUUGAUAUAUUUUUAAGUGCUAUAUAUUGUUUAUUUGGUUCAACAGCUGGACAUUUUACACUUAUUUAGUACCUCUCUUUUGUCUAGGGAGAGUUAAAUAUUUUUUCAUUAAGAAUUAUUUAAAUUUUAGUUUGUUUUAGUAUAAAAUGUUGUCUGACAGUACAUUUACAUCCAAAUGCUGUAAAACAAAUUAAUUUCAUAGAUACUUUUUUUGUCUCGCAUUUGAUCCUUUCUAACGAAAUUGAGGACAAGUCAUUUUUAUGAUUUUCUAACUCUUUUAUGCUUUCACAUAAGAGAAGAUCCCAUUUUGAAACAUUUGUGACAAUUUAUAUUCACAUUAGUUGUGAGUUCAUAGGAAAGAUGCUUAAAUCACUCACAAAAUUCAGUUGGUUUACAGUAUUUUUAAGCAGAAAUCAAGAUUCUUCAUAUUUGCAGUACAUUUUUAAUGACAAAUUACACGUAAAUGCUCUUUGACAGUUUUGACCAUUCUGAAAAAAAAAGAUUUAUAUGCAGUUUUAAGGAAUCAGUAUUUCAAUUUUAUAAUUUCCAUUUAUAAGAGCUACUUUUGUUGUCUUUCCUGUAAAGAAAAUGUCAAAGACUAUACAAAGAGAUUCUCAAUUUGGUCAUUGAUGUCUUUGUUCUGAUUAACAAUUGGUUAGCUUCAUAAUAUUUUUUAUGGCUGUAAUAAAUCUUCGGGUCAGUAUAGAAUGUUAUGAAAAUUUGACAGAAGUUUCUGUGCGAUCAAAAUAUACAUGUAUUUAACAUAAAAUGUAUAAAAAACUGUUUUCAAUAUUUUAUGAUUUAAUGGUUAACUCAUAAUGGCUUUAUAGAUUUGAAUUUUAAAUCAUUAAUAAUAAAAAAACAACACAAAACAGAUAUUUAUCAAAGCUAGUGAAACAAGUCUAGAGUCUUAUAAAUACAAAAGUAGUAUUAAAUAGAGAAAAACUUCAUUAGGCAUAAUUGAUUAAAAGAAAUUUAGUCGUUAAGAAUUGAGAGGUGUUUGUAAAGGCAUAAACUAUCACAAUUGUUUAGCACUCGUCCUUCUUGCUGAUGAUUUAAAUACUUUCAACUCUACAUGAACUAUCAUUUGAAAAAAUCUCUGCCAUAGGAUUUUGAAAGGUCAGUGAUGUUACAUGUUUUACCAUUGACUAAUAAAACUCUUCACUUGUUGAUGGGAUUUUUUUCAAGUGUCCAGUAUUUAAGUUUUCUUGUUCAUUUUAUAUCAUGAAUUGUCCAACUUUUGUUGAUAAUUUCGAUGUAUUAGAAUAAAAACAUUGUAAAUAUCUGUUCAACAUAGUAAUAUCUUUACACAUUUAUAUAGAGACUCUAAUGCAUUUUAUGUCAAACAGCUGAUUUAAUGUACUCCAUAUUUAACCAAAAAAUCAUUCAAAUCUAUGUAAAUUUGCUCAACUCAUUCAUUAUGAAAAUCUCUUCUUCCAUUGAUGGGUAUCUAAGAUAAUUGAUAGAAAAAGGAUUUAAACCACACAUGGGUUAAAUUGUCUCCACUAUAAACCUGUUAUUUCAAAUUGUGGUAAAUAAUUCAUAGUGAUUUCACACUGUUUAUAAUUGUUUUCCAUAACAACACCAUUGUUUCCUAUCCUAUCAUGUGAUCUGACAAAAGAAAGAUGGAAAACAUUUGACAUAUUCUCCCAACAUUGGAUCAUAGGUUACAAUAUUUCUCCACUCUCGAUAAUCAAAAUUAUAGUUUUAAAAUAUGAUUAUCUCGAGUGGAGAAAGAUAAUAAAUCACUCAACAGGAGAAUUUUAUUUUUUAAAUGUCAGUUUUAAGAAGAAAGUUGAUAAGGACACUCCAGGAUUUUUGCAUGGAUCAUUAAAUGGAGUUAAAUAACUGCAUGUAAAUAUUGUAGCAGUUUAGUAGCAUUCAAUAUUAAAAUUUGGAAAUAUGACACACUCUACAAAAAAGCAUCAAAACGUUUCAUAUUGUCAUUCAUUUUUAAUGAUAGGUGUAUAUUACAAAAUGGAUAUGUAUUCUGUUCAUGAAGGAAAGUAAACUUCAGAUAUUGUAAAUUUUAGUGCAUUCUAUAAAAAUUCAUUUUGACAACCUUGAAAGUGCAAUCUAUAGAAUUUAAAUAUUCAGUAAACAAUGCCCAUAUUUGAAGUCUCUAGAGUAAAAUUUAAUUUAUUUUUGCAUUCUGAAAUAAUUAUUCAUAGGCUUUCCUUACAUAUGUCAUCUUUUACAUUAAUAGUUAAAUUAGGUAUCAGUAAGUACAUGUAUAUGGCUGAUAAGUGUGUUAAGCUACAAGUAAAUGUGCAGGAAAAUGAUUGAUACAGUCCUUACAAGUAGUAUGUACAACAUCAGAAAUUUUGGAAGGGAAUGUUUAGGAGAAAAACAGGAAUUUCACUCAAGGACUUGUCAUUGAUGUAUACAUCCACUUGUUUCAUCCAUAUUUAUAAUUUAUAAAAUCACAAGUUUAUUCAGCUAAUUAAAAUGACGUCUUUUGACAAUGAAUUUCCCAACUAUAACAUUAAACAUUUACCCCUGUGACAUUUAAAAGAAUGUGAACACUUGUGAUUUUCUGCAAUGGAAGAGUAUAUUGUAAUGCCUGCAUGUGAUCUCAUACUAUGAAAUAGGUACAUGCAGUAUGAUGAAACAUUAUAUAUUUGUAAUGUUUUUUUUUAUCUUUGAAAGCUUCUGUAAUGAGAUUAAGUAGUUUGACAAAAAAAACCAGAAAAUCCGUAAAGAUUUCUUUAAAUUGUUAUUUUUGUUCAGUUAAAGAUAAAUUAAUGACUAUGUUAAUUUUUCUGUGAAAAUUCUAAUCAUGAAUUCAUGUAUGCUAUGAUUAAAAAAUUGAGUUUUACAUAUAAAUUGCAUGCUGCUAUUUUUUUCAACUAGCAUAGAAUUGAAGGGUAUUUUUCUGUUGCUGAAAUUUUUAUACUGUUUUCAAUUUAAAUUAAUUUUUAAAUAAUUAUAUUUUAAACUUCUUGCAUUAAUGCUGAAAUGGAAAAACAUUAACUGUAUAUCCCAUUUGCUAAUAAGUUUACCAGUAAAUCAAACAGAUACAGUUCUUGACUAUAGUAACUGGAAGAAUAUCGUACAAGUGAGUAAAAAAAAGAAUAGAAACAAAACUUGAAUCGUACCUAAAAAUACCUAAUCAUUAAAGUACAGACAAACCUGUGUUAAAAGGUCACCCUUGAGACUAGCAAAAACUGACCUUAUAAGAGAGAUGACCUUUGAAUCGAGGUUCAAAAUGCAUAGGUAUUUCUACAGAGGGACAUGAAGAGGGUUACACCUAAUAGAGGUGACUUUUGUAACAGGUUUUACUGUUGACUUUAUUUAAACACAAAUCAUUUUUACAUUAAAGUCAAUGAAAGGACUCCUGAAUACAAUAAUAUUUAAUGGAGAUCUAAUGUAGAGACAGUUAGUUACUUGUCCUUCUAUAGGGUCACAUGGCGACAUUGUGAUUGCCAAAAUGGAGAAUAUUUAUGGUGAAAGCAAAAAAAUAAAUUGAUUACAGUAAUUUUAAUGAAAGUCUCUUGUAACAUACUGUGAUUGCCAAAAUGGAGAAUAUUUAUGGUAAAAGCAAAAAAAAAAUUGAUUACAGUAAUUUUAAUGAAAGUCUCUUGUAACAUACUGUUUUGUGUACUUAUCUGAUUGAACGAUAUCAGUCAGACAUUGAAGUUUAUGUAAAAUUAAGUGACAUAUUGAAGAUUGAUUUCUUUGAUAUGAAGUGCAGUUUUUACCAAUGUGAUGACUUGUAAGAUGGGAAAUAGUGCUAUUUUUAUUGAAAUAAACUUAUUUGUCAGUUAUGACAUAAAAAAAAGUAUACAUGAAA